GGGAAGGGUGUGUGUGUGCGCGUCCCCGCAGCCCUGCCCAGCCUAUUCUUUCUUCUGACGUCCUUCCUUGAUGCCAGUGUCACUCGCUGCUGGGGAUGAACGUUUUACAUCCACUGUACAGUUUUUAUCUUUGGGAGCAUUCCCAUAACGUUACCCUGCCUCCCCGAAAAGGAUACCGUUCACUGGUCUUUGUCGGGACGGGAGUGCGCUCGAGAUACGCGUAAUAGUUUGGAUUUCGUAUCGUACCCGCUGUUGUUUAUUUAUUAAUUUAUUGUUUUCCUGGAAAUGCACACAUAUGACACUUUGAAGGGGACACUGCGUCCGUGGGAGUGGUUUGUUUUCUCUGGACAACCCUAGACUCACUGGAAAAGGAGUAUGUUUUCCUCUGUUUGAUGCUGCGGUAGCUCUUUUUUUCUUCCUCUUCUUUUCUGCUUUUGUUUUCUUUCUGUCUGUCUCGUGAUAUACAAUCGCCUAAUGCUGAUCGCUGAGGAUACAACAUACAUUUCUGCAAACCAGACGCUGUAAAUGGACAUGGUAUGAGGACAAUUGAACGAGACGUUUUCGUCUAGCUAAGGACAAAAUGAUCUAUUGUUCCGGCUAGCCAAACUCCCACAGACAUGAGCAUCAUAUAGCCUUUUUUAACCUUUGUUCGUAUCCCACCAGUAUUGCGCGAACCAUCCAGCAAACUUAACCGAAAAUGAGGAUUGUUUAGGGGAAACGCUGUACUGGUGGUCUGAGAGGGCAGCGAUAGCCUCGCGAUACUGGCUCGGCUGCUGACUGUUUCUCCGUGCUGAUUCAAUUAGCGACUGUCCACGGAUCGCUGAAAUAAACCCAGGGCUGCUGAAGGCUAAAGCUCCGGAGACCAUGUCCUCACGCGCCGCGCUGCAGCCGGGGAACGACAGGAAUGCAGACCACCAUGCCUCCCUCUCAGCCAGUCGUUCAGAGAAGGGUUCAGGAUGGUCGAGUCGCUCACUCGGAGCCCGUUGCCGGAAUUCCAUCGCCUCCUGCUCGGACGAACAGCCUCACAUCGGCAACUACCGGCUGCUCAAGACCAUCGGCAAGGGCAAUUUCGCCAAAGUGAAGCUGGCACGCCAUAUAUUGACCGGCAGGGAGGUUGCAAUAAAAAUCAUAGACAAAACCCAACUCAACCCUACGAGCUUACAGAAGCUCUUUCGAGAGGUACGGAUAAUGAAGGGCCUCAACCACCCAAACAUAGUUCAGCUCUUUGAAGUGAUUGAGACAGAGAAGACGCUUUACCUUGUGAUGGAAUAUGCCAGUGGUGGUGAAGUGUUUGACUACCUCGUAUCCCAUGGGAGAAUGAAGGAAAAAGAGGCGCGUGCAAAAUUCCGACAGAUCGUGUCUGCGGUUCAUUACUGUCAUCAAAAGAAUAUUGUUCACAGGGACCUGAAGGCGGAGAACCUCCUGCUUGAUGCAGACUCCAACAUCAAGAUUGCUGACUUUGGCUUCAGUAAUGAGUUUACGCUGGGCAGUAAACUGGACACGUUCUGCGGCAGCCCCCCUUAUGCUGCGCCAGAGCUCUUUCAGGGGAAGAAGUAUGAUGGGCCAGAGGUGGACAUCUGGAGUCUGGGGGUUAUACUGUACACGCUGGUCAGCGGAUCACUGCCCUUUGAUGGACAAAACCUCAAGGAGCUGCGUGAGCGUGUGUUGAGGGGCAAAUACCGUGUGCCAUUCUACAUGUCUACUGACUGUGAGAGCAUCCUGCGCCGGUUCCUCGUGCUCAACCCCACCAAGCGCUGCACCCUGGAGCAAAUCAUGAAAGAUAAGUGGAUCAAUGUCGGGUACGAAAACGACGAGCUGAAGCCUCAUGUAGAGCCUGUAGAGGAUUAUAAUGACAGCAGCCGUAUAGAUGUGAUGGUAGGAAUGGGUUACACCCGUGAUGAAAUCAAAGAUGCCCUGAGCACACAUAAGUACAAUGAGAUAUUUGCCAUGUAUCUGCUACUUGGCCGCAAGAAUGAGGAUGGCAUGGAGUCCCGGUUGAGCAGCAGUCUGUCUCUAGCACGGGUGCGGCCCAGUACCAUCACGAAUGGUACCAGCAAACACUCCACCUCCACCUCCUCCUCCAGCUCCACCUCUGCCUCCAGCCACACUAAACCCCAGCGCAGUGCCUCCACCUAUCACCGCCAGAGGAGGCACAGCGACUUCUGUGGGCCAUCAGUGCCAGUAACCCAUCCCAAGCGAAGCCCCACCAGUACAGGAGAGGGGGAUCUAAAAGAGGAACGUCUGCCCUCGAGGAAGGCCAGCUGCAGUGUGGUGGGCAGCCGUAGCAUCCCCCCGUCGAGCCCCAUGGUCAGCUCAGCCAACAACCCCAACAAAGCUGAGAUCCCUGACCGCCGCAAAGACAUUAAUGCAACAACAAACAACAUCCCUGCCAGUGCCAUGACCCGUAGAAACACUUACGUGUGUACGGACCGUACGAGCACCGACAGACACUCCUUACUACAGAAUGGGAAAGAGAACAGCUCCUUGUCACAUCGAUUACCUCCAGCCUCCCCGUCCACCCACAGCAUUUCUGGGGCCGGGGCCUCCAGCUCCACAUCUUCUGAGCGUUCUCGGUUGAUGAGGGGCUCUACCAUCCGCAGCACCUUCCACGGAGGCCAGCUCCGGGACCACCGGCCUCCCACCCACGCACCCCCCACCUCACCCACCCUCUCCCAUGAAGCCAGUCCUCUGCCGCACUCCCGUAGCCGUGCCACCUCAAACCUGUUCUCUAAGCUGACCUCAAAACUUACCCGCAGGGUCAAUCUUGACCCCUCUAAGCGCCAGAGCUCAAACAAGUCAGUCUCGGGCUGCACUCUGCCACAGGGAUCAAAAACAGUUAGGUCACAGACGAACCUGAGAGAGUCUGCAGAUCUCCGGUCACAAGCUACAGAUACAACUACAAAAAGUCAGGCUAAAAAAUACAGUCGCUAUCUAUCUGGGUAUCAAAAAGCGACAGAGCCCCGGACCCCCCGAUGCGGCUGGGAUGUGAAGGUGCGGAGCCCGCGGGACCCAGCCGAGGUGGUUCUGGCUCUGCGGGAGGCGGCGCAGGGCUGCGGUUGCCAGGUCCACCAGGCCGGGCCCUUCCUCCUCUCCUGCACCCAUGGAGCCGCCGGAUCCCGCGUUGCCUUCGAAGCCGAGGUGUGCCAGCUGCCCAACGGCCCCGCCGAGACCAGCGGUAUUCGAUUCAAGCGCCUGUGGGGGGCACCGCUUGCCUUUCGGGACAUCGCCACCAAAGUGUCCAAAGAACUCGAACUCUGAGGGCAAGAGGGGGUGGAGAGCAGGGACAAAAGCAUGGGACAGAAAGAUGAGAUGAAUGGACUUAGCCCCGCCCACACCCCCGCCCCCUAUAAGCCUACAAAGACUAGCACACAUACUUUGAGAACUGGGCACCUGCUCACACAAAAGCCCUGCUGAAGGAACUCUCUUUACCAGGCCUGUUUAACACCCGGGACACAACAAGCCGAUGUCGGCUGACGGCGAGCGAUGGUCUUGCUAGUUUGUUUGGUGUGUUCCACUCGUCGGCUCUUGUCAGGCUCACAUCGGCGGUAGUUUGCCCAGAUUCGCAUUGGGAACGUCGGGGCUGUCGGGCGAGAGUGAGAGCUCUGAUUGGAUGUUGAGUUUAUCGAAUGAGUCAGUGCUGAGAAUUAAAGCAAAAGUAAUGAAAACAAGCAUGUGAGUGAAGGCAGUACAGACAGAAGGCUGUUUAAAUGUUACGUGAUCUUCCCAAAUCAUUCUAAUACGCAAAUGUUUUCAUAUUAACAUGAGCUGCUUAAAAUGAUUAAAGUUAUUAACGUUACUGAUACUCAAAAUGCUAAGCAAGCGAUGUUUUGUUUACAUUUCGUAUAUCUGUGUUUCGGUUUCUCUUUAGAAUGACUAAUACAUACUAUUAACAGCUGCUGAUAUGAACAGCUCGUUCCUCUCAGGCAUGCGCAGAACGCACGUGUUAGUCUGCCGUCGGCUGUAGUCUGUGCGGUGUGUUCCAGCGCAGCUUCACCGCGAGUUCUUUGAAGUCGGCUUGGUGUGUCCCGGCCUUUACCGCUGAUUUUACCUGGUAUCUUAGCCAUGUUGUUUAUUAACACCCAUUUUUUUGUCACUUGUUCACUCUGUACAUUGUCAUUCCUUUUUAACUGCUGCUAUUUAACUCAUUUUUUGAUUUCUAAUCUUCUGCUUUGUAAGGGAGAAGAGUAUGUUUAAUUUUAUCCUUGUUUAAAUAACCAUAUUCAAAAAAAACACGUGUGAAGGCCACACCAUUUCGAACCGUAGACAACGUGCGGAGCCGCUGACAAUGCAAGUGCUAAAAGUGAUAGCGUUUUCUCCUCUUUUUUUAAUGAUCUUGUUGGUUGUGAAACUUGCCAGUGAUGCAGGUUGAGUAGGUGAUGUCUGCUUUCCUGAGCCUCCUUGUUUUUAGAUUAUAUGGUCACACCGUAGCACUUUAGGGCUGAGUGAGCAACAUCACCUGUUUAAAAGCAGUUCACCCUUCAAAUGGUGCAAUUUAUCCCAUUGAGCCAAGUCGAGACACAAUGCUCUUUGUGUUGCUCUUGUAUGUGUUACGCUGAUGAGAAACCUCUGUUAUCUUGCCAGAAGUGCACUCUGCUGAAUGACCACAAACAGACUGUUGACUUUAUCUCUGAUUUGGUAUUGUAAGUCCUAUUAGUCAAGAUUGGAAUAUGUCUGAGCUGUGCAAUGUGAGAAAAUGCAAGAAUGAUUACAUUUGUCUGAAAAUCCAA